GUCAUUAAGUGCAGAAAGUUAGCCAUUUUGCAGGUCGAAAUUGGCAAAGUUAUAAACAGGCCCUUUUCUAUUGAAAUAAAGGUCCAAUUCAUGUUGAUUAUUGCUAUAAUUUUGUGAUGUGACUAGAACAUAAAAAUACUUGAAAUGUGUCCCAGAAUAAGAUACUGAUGAGUGUGCAUUCAGUGUAAAAUUACAGCAUUCAAAAUUCUGAGAAAAUGGCGACAGUAGAAAAGAUACGGAGGAAGAAAAAGAAGAAUCAAAUAGAGGAAAAGUCGCAGCAAGAGGACACAGAUUAUCCCGAGACACAGACCACUGCAUUGUCCUUGAUGAGUGGUGAUGAUGGAGAUGUUCCCGCCAGACCCUCAAGUAGGUCGAGUAUGAUCUCCGUCAAGGAAGCUGCAAAAACAGAUAAAUCUGACAAUGUUGAGAAUAAUGACAACAAAUCCCCUGAUGAGCCGCCUAGACCACCCAGUGCACAGGGAAGGCCUCCUAGUGCACAGGGAAGGCCUUCGAGUGCACAGGGAAGGCCACCCAGCGCAGCUUCCAAUGAACAAAGGCCAAAAAGUGGUACCCAACAUUCCACUAGUGCAAUGGAGAGACCCCCGAGUGCAUCUCCUAAUAGACCCCCAAGUGCAACACCAAACAGACCCCUCAGUGCUGCAGGACAGCCACCCCUACCAAGGCCAACAAGUAGAACUAGUCUACACCAGGAACCCAGGUCUGCCAGUAGGACUAGUCUCCAUCCAGAGGACCAACCAGAGAGACCAAAAAGUGCAACAGGACGCAAAUCUCCAAUGGCAUCCAAUAAAGUUGACAUGGAUCCAAAUGGUUCAACCACCGGCAGUCAGGUGUCCCUGAAGUCUGUAGUGAAAGAGGCCUGGGCAUCACCAGGCCAUGUGGCAUCAACUAGCGAGAAACCAAAGUCACCAGCAACUAGUCUAAUCAACGUCAGUGAAGCCAACCCAGACAACACAAUUGUUUCCUACAGGGACAAUGAAGAUGCCAAAAGUAUUAUGUCACAACAGACGAUCAUGUCACCACCUGAGUUGACGGACCAGAAGGCUUACAUCCCAUACAUUUAUGCACGUGACUCGAUUGCCAAGAUCAUGAGUGACAUGAAAAAUAUGAAAUUUCGUCACAUCACAAUUAUCAAUGAGAUUGAGAUGCACUAUAGGAGUAUCGAAGAAGAGACACAGGGCCAGUUCAAUUCCUUUGUGCUACAGCUACGCCAGACCUACAGCAGCAAGCUGAAGACCUUCAAGCAGGUCAUAGAGAUACACAAGAUAGAACUGAAUGAGAAGAAUGGCAAUUUUGAGGAGACAAUUCAAAGUCUAAGUGAAAGAAAUAAGAGACUUCUGAUGGACAAAAAAUCUCUGUUGAUCAGGAACAAAUUAGAAACUGACAAGCUAGAAGAGGAGAAAGAAGAAGCUGUAAGGGAACUUACACAAAAACUUGAUGAAGAGAACACAAAGAGAAUCAAAAUUGAGAAAGAACAUUCAGACAAAGUCCAAGAGUUGGAGAGUGAAACAAAGAUUGUCAAGGACCAACUUGAGACUGAGAAAGCUGAAGUAGAAAGAUUGAAGAAACUUUUGGAAGACAGGCCAGCUACAGCUGCUGAUGUUGUAACAGUUGGUGCAGCAGCUGUGGCAGUAGCAGCUGUUACAGAAGAGCAGCCACUUAAGAGAGAACCCACAGCUGGGGAACAGCAGGUGGUUGACCUAUCUGAGGAUGAACGUCGUAAGAUGGAGGAGGAACGAAAAAAGAUGGCAGAGGACCGUGAAGAGAUGACAAAAGAUCGCCAGAAGAUGGAUGAAGAGAGAGAUGACUUCAAUCAGGAGAGGAAGAAAUACAACGAGGAGAAAAAUGAGAUGCAGAAAGAAUUGAAUGAAGCAAACAAGGAGGCAAAGGAAUGGGAGGAGAGACACAAAGCUUUAAAGGAGCAACUUGCAGAACUAGCAGACCUGAGGGCUAAGUACAAAGCACUCCAGGCGCAGUUUGAUGCAGUAGCUGAACUGGCCAAGGCUGACUCUGAGGAAGACAAGAAAAAAGCAGAUGAGAAGAUAGUGUCUGUGGCCAGUGAUAAAGCCAUGAUGGAAGAAGAGAUUGCAAAGACUGAAGAAGACAUGAAGAAAUGGGAGGAUGACUUCAAGGAGAAAACAGGGGAGGCUCCAACAGAGCAGGAUAAACAAGAAAGUGACACAUUCAAAGAGUUGGAUGUACAAAACAAAGAAAUGAGUGAUAUGAUAAGAGACCUGAACACUAAAAUAGACACACUAGAGAAGUUGAAAGCUGGGCAGACACCUGAGGCCCCAGAGAUACAGGCGACACCUAUAGUCCCAGUUGAGCCAGAGAUCAGAACUGUAGAGGUAAAUGUGCCAGACCCUGAGGUUGUAGUCAAAUUGGAGAAAGCAGAGGACCAGAUAGCUGAACUACAGAAAGAAAUUUCUAAGCUGAAGGAUGAUGCUUCCAAACUGGACGAUGAUGUUGCAAGACUCAAUGGAGAGGUGAUGGAUGCCAUGAUGGAGCUAGAGAAGAUGAAAGCAACAAAUGAGACUCUUGAACAACAGCUGCAGGAUGCCCUAGCAGCAGCAGCUGUAGCAGGAACAGCAGCCGUAGCAACAACAGCAGCUGUGGCGACUGAGAAGCCUGAUGGAGUUGACCCCAAGGUUCAUGAAGCAGUCCAGCAGAAGCUUGCUGCUAAAGAAGAGGAACUCAAAGAGAGAAAUGAGGAGAGGAAAACUAUGGAACAUGAUGCUAAGAAACUAAAGAAGUCAAUGAAGAAGGGAGAAAAAGAGAAAGAAAAUGUGAAACUAUUGCUGAAUAAGGUUAUAGAACAGGUGCAUGCGAUACAUGGCAAGGUUCCCAAGGCUUCAGAGAUGGUGGAUGAGAACCUCAAAACAGCAGAGAAAGCUAAGGCCAAGAGUAAAGAGGACAAACAAGUGGAGAAUGAGCUUCUAUGUACAGCAUUAAACAUGAUGAAACAGGAUGGCAAAGUCCCAGAGAAAUUAACAGAAUCUAUGCCAACACUAAGUGCUGCACAAGAAGGAGCCAGUAAAGAAGAGUUAGAGGAACUAGAGAAACAGAUCACUAACCUAGAGGCACAGAAUGAGAAGCUCACAGAUGAAGCCCUGGAAUUUGAAGAGAAAAAUAGGUUACAAGAAAUUGAGAUUGAGAAGCUUCAGGAAAGUCUGGAUGCUGCCACAGCUGCUGCUGCUACAGCUGCCACAGUUGCUGCCACAGCUGCUAUUGCUGAUACCCCCUCAGAUGAUGCUAGUGACUUGUCCGAUAGUAUGUCCAAGCUCCAACAUGACAUGGACAACCUUGAGGCUCUACUGAGACAGGAGAAGGCAGCACAUGAGAACACUAGAGAUGAACUUGAUGCACUAAAGACCCAACUUGAGGCUAUGGCGACGGAGUUUGACAAUCAGGAGAAAAAUGCUGAGAAUAAGUUGAAAACUGUCACAGCAGAACUGGAAUCUGAUAACAAAAGCAAAUCUCAGGCCCUUGAUGAUGCCCAAAAGCGCAUAGCUGAACUUGAAGAGGCCAGGCUUGCCAACAUUCCUGUGGAUACUGCCAGUGAAAUAAAGCUCCUUAAUGAUAAGAUAAGUACAACUGAAAAGGACAAGGUCUCUGUUGAUAAAGCUAAUGCAAAGAUUAAGGCUGAACUAGAGGAGUCUAAAGGAAAAAUUAGCAAUGCUGAAGCUACCUUGAAGACAGAGAAAAAGGCAAAGCAAGAACUGGAGACUAAGCUAAAAGGCUUCAAGGCAGAGAAUGAUAAGAAAUUGAAGCAGAUCCAAUCUGAAAGUGACAAAAAAGAGAGGGAGAGAGCAGUCAAUGAGAAAAAGAAAGUUGAUGCACUACAGAAGAAGAUCAAAGAGUUGGAGUCUGGAGGAGCAGUUGUCCAAGGGAAACAAGGACAAAGAGCCGGAGAAGGAGCAUUUGGACGCAAUAUCUCAGAUGGUAAAUCUGAAAAGACGAUUCAAGACCUGAAGGAGCAGCUAGCUGCAGCCAAAAAGCAGAAUGCAGAUCAGGCAGCACAGAUGCGUCAAAUCGAUACUGAGCUGAAGAAGCUUUCAGCAGGGGCAAAUGCCCAGGAAAAAGCGGCAGGGAAAAAGCAUGAAAAGAUCCUGAAAGAGUUAGAGAAAAAGCUCGAAAGUGCAACGAAGAAACUAGAAAAACAGGAUGCAACACUGAAGAAAACAGAAGCAGAACUAGCUGACAAAACUAAGGCACAUAAGACUGCAGAGGAUGAAUUACGUAAACUGAAGGCAGAGCUGGAUCUCCUGGGUGUGGCAGCCAGUGAGGGUGUGGAAGCUGCAGCUAAGGCCAAGGAACUGGAGGGUGAGGUGAAACGACUUGAAAAGGAGAACAAAGAAUUGGCUGAUAAUUUUAACAGUGAGAGGGUUCUGCGUAAGAAGUACUACAACAUGGUAGAGGACAUGAAGGGAAAGAUUAGGGUCUACUGUAGGGCCAGGCCUCUAAGUGGCUCAGAGAAAGACAGAGGCAACACAUCAGUAAUCAAGUCAUUGGAUGAGUACUCCAUAUCAUGUGAUACAUCCCGAGGUCUCAAAGAGUUCCAGUUCGACCAGGUCUUUAUGCCAGAAAUAGGACAAGAAAAGAUCUUUGAGGAUACAAGUAACCUGAUCCAGUCUGCAGUGGAUGGCUACAAUGUGUGUAUAUUUGCCUAUGGCCAGACAGGCUCUGGAAAGACAUUUACUAUGAUAGGAGACAGAGAACAAAAGUUCCCAGGAAUUGCCCCAAGAGCUUUUGAUAAAAUAUAUGAAGUGAUAGAGGAAAACAAGCAAAAGUUCAAGUUUAAGGUGACCACCUACAUGAUGGAGUUAUACAAUGAGAAGCUGUUGGAUUUAUUUGGACAUAAACAAGAUGACCAGAUGAUCAUAAAGAAGGACAAGAAAGGCUUGGUGUUUGUCCAGGGAGCUGAAGUGAAGACUGCAAGCAGUUCCAAGGAGUUGAAUGCACUCUUUGAGGAGGGUUCAAAGAACAGACACGUAGCCUCCACAAAAAUGAAUGCGGAGAGUUCUAGAUCCCAUCUUAUUAUCAGUGUGAUCAUAGAGAGUACUAACAGGACUAGUGGGGUUGUCACCAAAGGAAAGCUCAGUCUGGUGGAUUUGGCUGGAAGUGAACGUGUGGCAAAGACAGGGGCUUCAGCAGAACAACUCAAAGAAGCAAACUCAAUUAACAAAUCUCUCUCUGCGCUUGGUGAUGUCAUCUCCGCUCUCUCCAGCGAACAGUCGUUCAUCCCUUACAGGAACAAUAAGCUCACAAUGUUGAUGCAGGAUUCACUCGGAGGGAAUGCAAAGACACUUAUGUUCGUGAAUAUCUCCCCGGCAGACUAUAACCAAGAUGAGACUGUCAUCUCACUCACAUAUGCUAGUCGUGUCAAACUCAUCACCAAUGAUGCCAGUAAGAAUGCUGACAACAAAGAAAUCACAAGACUCAAAGGGAUUAUUGCCAAGCUGAAGAAGGGUGAGCAAGUCCAGGGAGAAGAGGUAGAUGAAUGAGUGAAUCUGUCUCCUUAUUGGCCAAUUCUUGUCACAUGACCACACAAGUCAUUUCAUGGAGUGGAUAUAAAACUUAACCCCAUUAUCGUGGACUAAUUUACUAGCAGACUAAUUAAAAUGAGAACAAAGAUGAUUUGUAUAUGAGGACUUUCACAACUAGCUGGUCUUACUUUAAUCUAUGUGCUCGCAUCCAUGUUGCCCCCCCCCCCACUCUGUCAAUAACAAUAUGGGAGAUAGAUAGUGCAUCAGACUCGUAGCCAGCUUUUGCCAAGGGAGGUUCACUUUGCAAACAAUUCCAGGGGUGUUCACGUUUGACAGCUUUGGCACAAAAGCAUUUGAAAGGUGCUUAGAAUGGUG